AGACAGCUUUUAGGGCAGAUGAGCUUCUUUCUGCUGCUCAUUCCUUCAUCUUUUCCUCCAGCCUGGAGUUGUUCCGGGACAGCUGAGGCUCAGGGUACCUCAAUUCUUGAGUGUUUAAAGGGGCAUAUCCAGGGGUGGAUUAGGCGAGCAAGAGCCUGCCCAGUCUGAAAGGGAUGCAGGAAGGGGCGGUGUGUACUAGAAGGAAGGAAGCUAUCAUCAUUUAUUAAAAGUCUUCUUGGAGGAUGGCCCAUGAAGACCUCUAAACAAGCUGGAGGGGCCAGUCACUUGCUGAAGACCAGCGAAGUGGAGGGGAAAAGCCUGAGGGAGCUGCAGACUUGACCACAGCGCCCUCCCCUCCCCUCCCUGCAAGGAACCCAAGGUGUGAUCCUGCCAGGCGUUCGCUGCAUGACCUUGGCCAUCCUUCCAUUCCCCUGGGUGUGAAUUCUCAUUGACAAAGUAGACGCACCCUCUGAAGAUGGUGACUCCCUCCUGAGAAGCUGGACCCCUUGGUAAAAGACAAGGCCUUCUCCAAGGAGAAUAUGAAAGUGUUACUCCGACUUAUUUGUUUCAUUGCUCUACUGAUUUCUUUUCUGGAGGCUGAUAAAUGCAAUGAACGUGAAGAAAAAAUAAUUUUAGUGUCAUCUGCAAAUGAAAUUGAUGUUCGUCCCUGUCCUCUUAACCCAAAUGAAUACAAAGGCACUAUAACAUGGUAUAAAAAUGACAGCAAGACACCUAUAUCUACAGAACAAGCCUCCAGGAUUCAUCAGCACAAAAAGAAACUUUGGUUUGUUCCUGCUAAGGUAGAAGAUUCAGGACAUUACUACUGUGUGGUAAGAAAUUCAUCUUACUGCCUCAGAAUUAAAAUAACUGCAAAAUUUGUGGAGAAUGAGCCUAACUUGUGUUAUAAUGCAGAAGCCAUAUUUAAGCAGAGACUACCCGUUGCAGGAGAUGGAGGACUUGUGUGCCCUUAUAUGGAGUUUUUUAAAGACGAAAAUAAUGAGUUACCUAAAUUACAGUGGUAUAAGGAUUGCAAACCUCUACUUCUUGACAAUAUACACUUUAGUGGAGUCAAAAAUAGGCUCAUCGUGAUGAAUGUGGCUGAAAAGCAUAGAGGGAACUAUACUUGUCAUGCAUCCUACACAUACUUGGGCAAGCAAUAUCCUAUUACCCGGGUAAUAGAAUUUAUUACUCUAGAGGAAAACAAACCCACAAGGCCUGUGAUUGUGAGCCCAGCUAAUGAGACAAUAGAAGUAGACUUGGGAUCCCAGAUACAACUGAUCUGUAAUGUCACUGGCCAGUUGAGUGACACUGCCUACUGGAAGUGGAAUGGGUCCUUCAUUGAUGAAGAUGACCCAGUGCUAGGGGAAGACUAUUACAGUGUGGAAAAUCCUGCAAACAAAAGAAGGAGUACCCUCAUCACAGUGCUUAAUAUAUCAGAAACUGAAAGUAGAUUUUAUAAACAUCCAUUUACCUGUUUAGCCAGGAAUACAUAUGGUAUGGAUGCAGCAUAUGUCCAGUUAAUAUAUCCAGUCACUAAAUUCCAGAAGCACAUGAUUGGUAUAUGUGUCACAUUGACAGUCAUAAUUAUGUGUUCUGUUUUCAUCUAUAAAAUCUUCAAGGUUGACAUUGUGCUUUGGUACAGGGAUUCCUGCUAUGAUUUUCUCCCAAUAAAAGCUUCAGAUGGAAAGACCUAUGACGCAUAUAUACUGUAUCCAAAGACCGUUGGGGAAGGGUCUACCUCUGACUGUGAUAUUUUUGUGUUUAAAGUCUUGCCUGAGGUCUUGGAAAAACAGUGUGGAUAUAAGCUGUUCAUUUUUGGAAGGGAUGACUACGUUGGGGAAGACAUUGUUGAGGUCAUUAAUGAAAACGUAAAGAAAAGCAGAAGACUGAUUAUCAUUUUAGUCAGAGAAAUAUCAGGCUUCAGCUGGCUGGGUGGUUCAUCUGAAGAGCAAAUAGCCAUGUAUAAUGCUCUUGUUCAGGAUGGAAUUAAAGUUGUCCUGCUUGAGCUGGAGAAAAUCCAAGACUAUGAGAAAAUGCCAGAAUCAAUUAAAUUCAUUAAGCAGAAACAUGGGGUUAUCCGCUGGUCAGGGGACUUUACACAGGGGCCACAGUCUGCAAAGACAAGGUUCUGGAAGAAUGUCAGGUACCACAUGCCAGUCCAGCGACGGUCACCUUCAUCUAAACACCAGUUACUGUCACCGGCCACUAAGGACAAACUGCAAAGAGAGGCUCAUGUGCCUCUCGGGUAGCAUGGAGAAAUUACCAAGAGUUCUUUGGGUGCCUCCUAUCUUAUGGCGUUGCAGGCCAGGCUGUGCCUCAUGCUGACUUGUAGAGUUCAUGGAAUGUAACUGUAUCAUCCUUUAUCCCUGAGGUCACCUGGAAUCAGAUUGUUAAGGGAAUAAGCCAUGAUGUCAAUAGCAGCCCAGGGCGCUUCGCAGGAGAGGGCUUGGGAAGAUCUUUUAGAAAGGCAAUAGGCUGGGUGUAGUGGCUCACGCCUAUAAUCCCAGCACUUUGGGAGGCUGAAGUGGGUGGAUCACCAAAGGUCAGGAGUUCGAGACCAGCCCGGCCAACAUGGCAAAACCUCAUCUCUACUAAAAAUAAAAAAUUAGCUGGGCAUGGUGGUGCACGCCUGUAAUCCCAGCUACAUGGGAGGCUGAGGCAGGAGAAUUGCUUGAACCCGGGAGACGGAGGUUGCAGUGACCUGAGUUGGGGCCACUGCUCUCUAGCCUGGCAACAGAGUGAGACUCCAUCUCAAAAAAAAAAAAAAAAAAGAGGCAAUAAAUGCCCUCUCUGAAUGUUUGAACUGCCAAGAAAAGGCAUGGAGACAGCAAACUAGAGGAAAGGGCAUGCAGGAAAUGGCCACCAUCCAUAGAUGGCUUUGUUAAGUCAUCCACAGCCCAAGGGCGGGGCUGUGCCUUGUCUGGGGAUCCCGUGGAGUCACUGGCCCUGGAGCGGCUCUCCUGAGAGGUGCUGCAGGCGAAGUGAGACUGACACCUCACUGAGGAAGGGAGAUGUAUUCUUGGAGAACUUUCCAUCUGCUUGCAUUUUCCAUACACAUCCCCAGGCAGAAGUUAGUUUCCAAAGACCGAAUUUUAUUUUACAUAUGUUGAAAGCUCACUUCACUGAACAAAGGCAUUCUCCGGUAUUCCAAGGUUUUGAAGUCAUCUUAGCUUUCCACAGGAGAGACAGAACUUAAAAAGCAACAGUAGCAGGGAAUUGAUCCACUUCUUAAUGCUUUCCUCCCUGGCAUGACCAUCCUGUCCUUUGUUAUUAUUCUGCAUUUUACAUCUUCGGAGGGACAGCUCCCUAACGGCUUCGUCCCUCCGCAACGUCCCUUGCAUAGCCCACACAUGAACCGUCCUUUCUGUGAUGCUGCUCUUCUGUCAUCCCGCUCCUGCUCAAACACCUCCCGCAGGCUCCACCUGUUGGAGCUGAAGCCCAUGCUCUCCCACCAGCACGUCACUCCCAGCCCGCCUCCCUGUCCUGUCCUCCAGCCUCCCCUUGCUGUCCCGCUGUGUGAAUUCCCAGGUUGGCCUGGUGGCCACGGCGCCUGCCCCCAGCACUCCUCUGUCUGUGCUCUUGCCUGCCCCCCUUCCUCCUCCUUUGCCUAAAAGGCCUUCUCUUGCUUCCUCCAGCUGAUCAGAAUUUUACCGAAAUUCAGAACAUCCUCCAAUUCCACAGUCUCCAGGAGACUUUCUUUCCCUAAGAGGCGACUCCCUCUCCAGCCCUCUCUCUCCGGUCAGGCCCACGGCAGUGACGGCAGUGAGCACGUCAGGGAGGCUGGUCUCCCUCCAGCUGGAAUCGCUGCUGUCUGAGGGAAAGGCUGUGGGUGGCUGUCUCUGUCCCUCACUGCCUUCCAGGAGCAAUUUGCACAUGUAACAUAGAUUUAUAUAGUGCUUUAUGUUUAAAAACAUUCCCCAGUUAUCUUAUUUAAUUUUUGCAAUUAUUUUAAUUUUAUAUAUAGAGAAAGUGACCUAUUUUUUUAAAAAAUCACACUCUAAGUUCUGUUGAACCCAGGACUUGAGCCUCAUUUCUGGCUUUAGUCUGGUGUUCUGAGUACUUGAUUUCAGGUCAAUCAUGGUCCCCCCCCACUCCACACUGGCACAUCUGUGAGAAGAAAUGACAUUUUGCUAGGAAGCGACCGAGUCUAGCAAUGCUUUUAUUCAAGACACCAAAUUCCGAACUUCUGAAUGUUGGAAUUUUCAAAAAUUAGAUUUUAUGAAAAACUCUUCUACUUUCAUAUAUUCUUUCCCUAGAGGCAAACAUUUCCUAAAAUGUUUCAUUUUCAUUAAAAAUGAAAGCACGUUGUGUUUUUUUUUUUGGUAUAGAAAAAACAUUUUUAAAAAUGGGAUGACAGGCCUCAGAAUAAUUGGAGAAACCCUGCAAAACCAGAAAGCCAGAUUUAUAUGCCACCAAUUGCAGGACACAAGCACAGUUUUAUGAGUUGUAUGAACAUGGGCGGGUCCUCUGGUUUUUAUAUUUCUCGUAUUUAAUACGGGUGAACACAAACUUUUAUUUGGAAUAAUAAUAUUCCUCCUAAACAAAAACACAUUGAGUUGAAGUCUCUGACUCUUGCCUUUCCACCUGCUUUCUCCUGGGUCCACUUUGCCUGUUUUAAGGAACAGUGCUGUUCUGGAACUGCUGUUCCAACAGACAGGGCCUAGCUUUCAUUUGGCACACAGACUGCAGCCAGAAGCCCAUGGAUCAGGGAGGUCACGUCCCGAAAAGCCUGUUAGAAGUUUUACAAAUUUAAUUUUGCAGAUUAUUUUAGUCUGUCAUCUAGAAAAUGUGUGAGCACCCAUAGUGCCAAGAAAGCAAGCCAAUUUGGAAACUCAGGUUAGUGACAGAAUUGGCCAGAGAGUGGGGGUGACGAGGACCAAGAAUUACAAGUAGCAUGGCAGCUGGAAUUUGAGGAAGGACAAGAAUCAGUGGAUAAGCCUGGGUGGAGGAGGAUCCAAACAGAAAAGUGCAGAGUCAUUCCCCAUCUUCCAGGGGUUGGAUUCUGGAGGAAGAAGACACAUUCCUAGUUCCCCGUGAACCUCCUUUGACUUACUGUCCCCCCACUAAAACAAAACAAAAAACGUUUAAUACCUUCCGCUUUAAUUAGAUUUUCUUGCAGUUUUUAAUGGCAUUUUUAAAAAGAUGCCCUAAGUGUUGAAGAAGAGUUUGCAAAUGCAACAAAAUAUUUAAUUACCGGUUGUUAAAACUGGUUUAGCACAAUUUAUAUUUUCCCUCUCUUGCCUUUCUUAUUUGCGAUAAAAGAAAAGGUAUUGAGCCAUUUUUUUAACUGACAUUUCUGAUAAAUUAUGUUUGUACUAGCUUAUGAUGAAGGAGUUUUUUAAACCUGUUUAUAUAAUUUUGCAGCAGAAGCCAAAUUUUUGUAUAGUAAAACACCAAAUUCGUGUACAGCAUGCAUCACGGAUCAAUAGACUGUACUUAUUUUCCAAUAAAAGUUUCAAACUUUGUACUGAG